CAUAAAAAGCAGUACCCGAUGAACACCAUAUGCAGCAAACACACAGUAAGCUAACACCCUUCUAUUAUAUUCGUUAACUUCAUAUCUACGGUACCAGCACUUUCUUGUAAUUGGGGUGAAGGUGCCUCUAGCAGGCUUGCGUGACGAUCGCGGGGCGCAGGAGGGCAAAUAUUGAAUCAGCGCUCAAAGUCCUGAUCUACAGCACUCAAGAUCACCAGCAGGCAUUCAGCCACGACGUAGCGUACACGGGCGUCGCUUCUCCGUGCCAUCCGAGUUUAAGAGCUUAGUGAACACCGUGGGCGCGCGCAUAUAAUGGCGGCCCUCGCCGAAAAGGGCUCAGCACCAUGGAGUCGCACAGCCGUUGAGGUCCUGGAGGACCUGGACGUGGACGUCAAAGUGGGCCUCACCGAUUCGACGAUUGCCGAGCGGAGAGCCAAGUAUGGAUAUAAUGAACUGGAAAAGGAAGCCAAGCAGAGCAUAUGGUCGAUGAUUGCUGAGCAAUUUGAGGAUACGCUUGUCCGUAUCCUACUGCUUGCCGCGAUUGUUUCAUUUGGGCUUGCGUGGUUUGAGGAGGACGCUCAUGAGGAAGGCAUCCGUGCCUUUAUCGAGCCGCUGGUGAUCCUUUUGAUUCUGGUGCUCAACGCGGCCGUGGGCGUGUGGCAGGAGAGCAAUGCUGAGUCAGCUCUAGAAGCCCUUAAGGAGCUCCAAACUGAGACAGCGCACGUAACCCGUAACGGGAAACUGCUGAGUGACCUGCCCGCGCGCGAGCUGCUGCCGGGCGAUGUGGUUCACCUGCACGUGGGCGACAAGGUGCCUGCGGACUGCCGCGUGGUGGCGCUCAAGACGGCCACCGUGCGGGUGGAGCAGGCCAGCCUCACGGGGGAGAGCGUGGCGGUCAACAAGGGCACCGAGCGAGUGGCGGACCCCAACUGCGAGCUGCAGGCCAAGGAGUGCAUGGUCUUUGCCGGGACGGCGAUUGCGAACGGCACAUGUACGGCGGUGGUCACUGCGAUUGGCAUGUCGACUGAGAUUGGCAAGAUCCAGGCGCAGAUCUCGGAGGCCGCCAAGGAGGACGAUGACACGCCGCUGAAGAAGAAGCUGAACGAGUUUGGGGAGCUGCUGGCCAAGGUCAUCGCCGCCAUCUGCGUGGUCGUGUGGCUCAUCAACUACCACCACUUUCUCACCAUCACCUUCAAGCCCGAGGGCGGCAUGCCCACCUUUACCUUCAACCUAUCCAAGGCCACCUACUACUUUAAGAUUGCCGUGGCGCUGGCCGUGGCCGCCAUCCCCGAGGGCCUGCCCGCCGUCAUCACCACCUGCCUGGCGCUCGGCACCCGCACAAUGGCCAAGAAGAACGCGAUUGUCAGGAAGCUGCCCUCCGUUGAGACGCUGGGCUGCACCACCGUCAUCUGCUCCGACAAGACCGGCACCCUCACCACCAACCAGAUGAGUGUGGUGGCGCUGGCGGCGCUGGCGGGGCCCGAGGGAGCUGCCGUACGGCGGUGGGCGGUGGCGGGGCACACGUACAACCCGGACGAGGGCGAGGUGGAGGGACUGAGCGCACUGGACCGGGGACUGCAGACUGUUGCCGAGGUGUGCGCCGUGUGCAACGAGGCCAGCCUGGAGUUCAAGUUCAACGCCUUCCGCGCGGUGGGCGCCCCCACCGAGGCGGCCCUGCUGGUGCUGGCGGAGAAGCUGGGGCUGGCGGACGGCACGGAGACCGCAGCGGCGCUCAAGAAGCGCACCGCGACACCCGAGGAGCAUCCGCAGCCCGUCACGCAGGCCUACCGCGAGCGCGCCCCGCUGCGUGCGCUGCUGGAGUUUGACCGCGACCGCAAGUCCAUGAGCGUGUUGGUGCGCCCCGCCGGGUCGCUGCAGAACUCGCUGCUGGUGAAGGGCGCCGCGGAGUGCGUCAUCGAGCGGUGCACCAGGAUGAUGCUGCCCGACGGCCGCAUCUUGCCGCUGACGUCAGCCGCCCGCUCCGCCGUGCUGGCCGCCGUGCGCGACAUGGCCCGUGACGCCCUGCGCUGCCUGGCGCUAGCUGUCAAGCCCGACAUCCCCUCCCCGCUGGCUGACUUUGACGGCGACUCGCGGCACCCGGCCAUGGCACUGCUGCGUGACCCCGCCCGCUACGCCGGCAUUGAGUCGGAGCUGGUGUUUGUGGGCCUGGCGGGGCUGCAGGACCCGCCCCGUCCGGAGGUUCGCCCCGCCAUUGAGAACUGCAAGCAAGCAGGCAUCCGUGUGAUGGUGAUCACCGGUGACAACAAGGACACGGCGGAGGCCAUCUGCGCCAAGAUUGGCGUGUUCGAGUCUGGCGACGACCUCUCCUCGCUCAGCUUCACCGGCCGCGAGUUCGUGUCGCUGCCCAAGCAGCGCCAGAUGGAGCUGCUGGCGGCCGCACCCGCCAUGUGCUUCAGCAGGGCCGAGCCGCGCCACAAGCAGGACAUUGUUCGGCUGCUGAAGGAGCAGGGCGAGGUGACCGCCAUGACGGGAGACGGAGUCAACGACGCACCCGCCCUCAAGCUCGCUGACAUUGGCGUGGCCAUGGGCAUUGCGGGCACGGAGGUGGCCAAGGAGGCUUCCGACAUGGUUCUCGCGGACGACAACUUCUCCUCCAUCGUGGCAGCGGUGGCGGAGGGACGCGCCAUCUACAACAACAUGAAGGCGUUCAUCAGGUACAUGAUUUCCUCCAACAUCGGCGAGGUGGCCUCGAUCUUCCUCACCGCUGCGCUGGGACUGCCGGAGGGCCUCAUCCCCGUGCAGCUGCUGUGGGUGAACCUGGUGACUGACGGCCCGCCCGCCACCGCGCUGGGCUUCAACCCGCCCGACAAGGACAUCAUGACCCGCGCGCCGCGUCGCGCCAACGACCAGCUCAUCACGCCCUGGGUGUUCUUCCGCUACAUGGUCAUCGGGAGCUACGUGGGAGUGGCCACGGUGGGCGCCUUCGUGUCGUGGUACAUGUACGACAAGUUCUUUGGCAUCGACCUGUCCGCCGACGGCCACACCACAGUCUCCUGGCAGCAGCUCACCAGCUACCAGCAGUGCCGCGAGUGGGGCAACUUCACCGCCGCACCGUACAAGCUGGCAGGCGGCGGCGAGGUCUCCUUCGCCCACCCCUGCGACUACUUCUCCGCCGGCAAGGCCAAGGCCUCCACGCUCUCCCUCUCCGUCAUCGUGGCCAUUGAGAUGUUCAACGCCCUUAACGCGCUGUCGGAGGACGGCUCGCUGCUCACCAUGCCGCCCUGGUCCAACCCCUGGCUGCUGGCCGCGAUCAGCGUGUCGAUUGGCCUGCACUGCGUCAUCCUCUACGUGCCCUUCCUGGCCAACGUGUUUGCCAUCGUGCCGCUGUCGUGGCCCGAGUGGCAGCUGGUGCUGCUGUGGUCGGCGCCGGUGAUCCUGAUUGAUGAGGUGCUCAAGUUUAUUGGCCGCAUGGUGCAUGCGCGGCAGCAGAAGCAGCGCGGCAGGAACGGCAAGGUUGCUGCUGCGAAGAAGGUUGCGUGAUGGGAGAUUAGAUAAACUGAGCCGCGGAAACACUGACCCUGACCGUAGGUUACCGUAGGUAGAAGGCGGGGGUUUGUGAAGGGGAGGAGGUUGGGAAUGCAGGAGAUGUUUGGUGGGGUUUUGCGGGCAUGUUAGCGUUAUUGUGUGAGUUGGGCCGGGGCUUAGGAGGCUCGGGGCGAUGAAGAGUAUUCUUAGAGAACGUUUGCGUACGCUGUCCUUGGUGUAUAUCGUAGAUGGUGGCGUUCAGGAUGGGGACUUUUGCGUUUCCACAGCGAUUGACAGCAUGGGCGAGGUGUUCCCAAUUGGUGCAUUAUAUUUAGCUCUACGAGGGCUGGGGCAUGGCUUU